UUCGCAAAUAAUUAGUCAGAACAUGUAAAGACCCCCAGAGUUCAUAGCGCGGUAUGAUCCGCGCCCCAUCCUGAGGCUAAGUUGUAAGAAAACUGUUCUUUGUAAUGUACGUUUUCGUUUGUUGAUCAUGUCUGCUUUUUCUGUUUUAUCUGUAUUUUUACUUGGACUUUUAGUUUUUCUUUUUAAUUCAGUUGAUCAGGCUGAAGGCGGAGAAUGCUGCAAGGCUCAUUACGAUAACGGGGGAUUACGUCAUGACACCACGUGGUGUAGCCACUAUUGUUGUCAUGAUCGACGGCGCAUGUACAGCCCGCUCUACUGCUGUAGUGAUUUCUUCAGGAGGGCCGACAGGUCUGACAGACUCGACUUCUGUAGCUCAUGGUUUACAGCUUCCGCUAAUCUAUGGGCGCCCGUGUUGAUAGCCAUUGUUAUAAUCGCCAUUUUGAUUGGUUGUGGAAUAUGUUGCUGUUGCAUUCCGGGAUUUUGUUUCUGUUGUUGACAUUCCAGGGAACAAAAAAAACUGAAAAGACACGUUAUGAAAUGCAUCAC